AUGUGCUCGACCGAUAUCUUCCUCGGUGUUUUGGCCGUUCUUUUCCCGCCACUUCCCGUUUGGGUAAAGCGCGGCAUUUGCUCCGCAGACUCGGUCAUCAACAUCCUGCUUUUCAUCCUAGGCUACGUCCCCGGCCUCCUUCACGCGUGGUACAUCAUCGCAACGUACCCGGAGCCGCCUAACGACUACGACUACCAUCAUCUCCCCCAAGACGCCGAGCACGGCCGCAUCUACGUGUUUGUCCACAACAACGGCCACGGCCCGCAACCGCAAGGCUACCAGCAGCAGCCGCACGCCCACGGCCACCCGACCAAGCCGCAGAGCCAAUACGUGAACUACGGGACCACAGGCGCUCCUUCGUCGGCGGCUUCCGCUAGUCCCCAGCAGCAUCCUCCACAAGAGCAGGGCACCACGUCGCCGGCCGGCCCGAGCGAGGGCGGCGCGCCGCCUCCGAGCUACGCACAAGUCGUUGCCGGGGAUCAUAAGGUGCAGACGCAUGACUAG